AUGAAUCCUAAAAUCACAUGGGAGGAGUGCAAAUCGAUGAAAUUCACUAAUCAGGUUAUCAAUGAGAUAGUUCGUGCAACUAGCCAUGCUCCUGGAAUUUUUAGAAAGACAUUGAAGGAUGUCCAAGUGAAUGGCUACACAAUUCCAGAGGGAUGGUUGGUCUUGAUAAGCCCCAUGGCAGUUCAUCUAAAUCCUACAAAUUUCAAAGAUCCACUCACUUUUAAUCCAUGGAGAUGGCAGGAGGCCCAUGGGAGCUCCUUGGUGAAGAAUUUCAUACCAUUUGGAGAUGGUGCAAGGCAUUGCAUGGGUGCUGACCUCACUAAGCUUCAGAUGGCAAUGUUCCUCCAUGAAUUAGUCACAAAAUACAGAUGGAAGGAGAUCAAUGGAGGUCAAAAGUUUCGUAUUUCGGAUCUUGUAUUCCUACAAGACUAUCGCGUUCAGCUUUUCCCAAGGUCCCAAGUGUAA